AUGAAAUUAACUGAACCUGUUACAGAACCUAAAUUACCUGUGGCCACACCUUCAUGAGCAAUGCAAUUGCAUGUGUAAGGUAGGAUCCAGUAGCAGCCACACUCGUGACUAUUGGAGCAGUUUACAUGCUGCUGCAGCAACGGCAACAGCAUUCUGCACUGAACAUUCAAGUUGCCAUUCAGCUCCAAACAUGGAGAGACUCUUGGCCCAGGAACAGAAAAUGCCAGGGCCAGCUAUAUCCCAGCAGACUUCCUAAUUUGGAGUGAAAUGGCAAUUUGCUUCCGGUCCUUUAUCUUUUCUUUGAUGCCACUUUUUGUGUCAGGUGUGUUACUGCCAGCUCCUCGGAACAUCACGAUCCUGUCCACUAAUAUGAAGCACUUUCUAGUAUGGAGCCCAGUGACGGUGCCUGGAGAAGCUGUAAAAUAUUCCGUCGAGUUUCAAGGAGAAUAUGAGAGAGACUACGCCAACGACAGCUGGAUUCCCAUUGGAGAGUGUACGGGCAUUAGUGUUACUCAGUGUGAUAUCACAGAAGACAUUUCUGCCACUGUGCCAUACGAUCUACGUGUCAGGGCAGGUGUGGGGACCCAGGCUUCACACUGGGCCACUCUCAGUGGCUUCUUCAAUCGUGUCACAACCUCCCUCAUUCCACCUAUGUUGACUGUCACAGCUGAUGGAUAUCAUUUGCUAGUGGAACUUGAGCGACUAGGACCUGCCUUUGAAUUCUGGAUAUAUUACUGGAAGAAGGGCCAAGGGCACAAGGUGUAUCGCAAAGUGGUGAAAGACAGCAGCACUACGUUACAUAUGGACACCAUGGAAGCUGGCACUGAAUACUGUGUUAAAGCCCAGACCUAUGUUGAAGCCAUAAACCGGAGCAGCAAUUUCAGCCAGGUGCAGUGUGUGAGGGCCGAAGGCAAAGCCAUAUUGGUCACCUUCGCCCCACUCUUCUUGGUUAUCUCUGUUGUGGCUGUUUUGGCCCUUCUUUGGGUUGCCUGGAAAACAUGUCAGAUCUGCCAGUAUUCCUGCUGCCCGAACGAGAGCCUUCCGGACACUUUGAAAGUAACAGAAUCACCUGCUAGGCUACUAAAUUACAGGGGAGAGGAGACAGAGAAAUGCGAUGAGUCUGUGCAAGUGCUACCCCCUGAAGAGCUUCUCCGCUUGUGGAUUCAUGAAACUCUUUAAUAUCACACCAAGGACACAAUCUGCAAGAUGAGACUGCAGUGCUGCUCUCCUUUUUGCCUCUCCGAGUAAGGCACACACACAGGGCACGCACACACAUGUAGCUUUCCUCCCCUAACAACACAAGGACAGAAAAUUGAGGAUUUGCUUUCUUCAAAGGGAAAGGCAUCAUGUGGCCAGCAAGACGGGUUCCCGUGCUGAGGGUUUCACAGAGAGGGCUGGAGCUGACGCAUUCAUCCUUGUCUGACAGAGAACAGCAGCCAAGCUCAUGGAUAGCCACAGAGGCUGUGAUCCUAGCUGCUUAUCAUCAUCUGCUUAACUGAGAGUUAAAAGACCUUGGGCUGAUUACAAUUUGCUGGGUUUGGGUUUUUAACAUAAAGGUGCAGUGCUAGAAGG